GCGAGGUGCCUUCAGUCGUCUUGCGUCGGCCCGGCGGCGCGGACUGUUAAAAGGACGGUUCUAGACUGUUCGCAUUUGGAAUAGAACGUCGCGAGUGCACGUAAUCUGUGUUUUUAUUUUUUUUUAUUAAUAUCUGUCUGCAAUUUCGUUUGUGAUCUGUGCCAGGAUUUUAUUAGGAACCAAACAGGAUAUCAACAUCAUCAAAACAGGAUAAGAGGUUUACAUUGCCGCUUUGCAUCAAUAUUUAAGUGUCUCGUAUGAAAGCAGGACGCAAGGCAGUGUCAACAGAGCGGGUGUGAGCCCCUAACUACAAAGAUGAAAACGCUAACGCUAUGCUUUACCCUGGUGACGCUGUUUGCUGUCACAUUAACUGCUACUGAAGAAUCCAAAACCGAAGCAGCAAACAGUCCAGGCAGCAACCCGGAAGAUGAAGAGCCGAAAGAAGCAUGGAUGCGUGCACCGGCUGGUGGAGUAGCUGUCAAGAGCGGUGAAGACGCCUUGCUGACCUGCGUAGUGCUCGGCGCUAGGGGGAAACCGGUGCUGUGGAAGCGGGCCAGGGAUCUGAAGGUGCUGACUGCUGGUGCUGUAAGGGUCACGAGGGAUGAGAGGAUACAGGUGUUGCAUGAUGAUUCAGAGGAACCCCUCCAAGGGCCGGGAAUCAAAAAGGGCGGUGACGUGUGGGCUCUAGUGAUCAAGUCAGUCAAACCUACUGACACAGGGCUCUACAUGUGUGAACUGAACACUGAACCCCCUGUGCGGAGUUUCCAUAAACUUACAGUGAUAUCCCGCAAUCUGACACCACCGGACAGUCAGAACGCAACGGACAGUUACUCCGCCAACGCACCAACACUAUCCUCGAGUGCGCUUGCGCAUAACUACACGGACUGUUGCGUGGCCACCAACGUCACUAAAGGCUGUUUAGGCUACUGCAGCAUACAGACUAUAUUGGACGGCCCCGGACAGGACCCGGAAGCGUGUCAGGCUGACUUCCCUGCGAUUGUUAAGUGCAUGGCUGAUGGUCGCAACCACGUGCCAUGCUGCAUCCAGGAGCACAUACCUGACAUCUGUCAAGACGUCUGCAGAGGGGAAUACUCGCCUGUAACAGACAACAUAAAGACGCAUUACUCCUGCGCCGCCUCAAUGGAGAAAACCUUAGCUUGCAUUGUUGAAGGCAUCGAACUCCUCCCAAGUCCACCAGAAGACUUAGAAGUAGAACCACUCAAUGAAAAACAACUGAAUGUGACAUGGAACCCGCCCACAGAGAAUUCAGAAUCGGUGACUCAAUACGUAGUGAACAUAACAGCGCUAAGAUCAUUUGAUGCCCAUCUAAUAGAUCCCUCUGAGAGUUCACUGAGGAAUGAUACGACGAAGAUGAGUCAACCAGUCACAAUCAAGGUUCCCGCAAACAAAACCUUCCUGGUACUCAACGAUUUGCUCCCAUUCACAAUGUACGAAAUCACAGUGACUUCAUACAAUAUUCACGGCUCUAGUUUACCGAGCUACGCAAUCAGGGGUCUUACUUUGACACCCGGCAAGAUGAGGACCACGGAAGUAGCGGCGGCGCCAAAGCUACCUGAUGUGAGAGGAUGCUGUAUCUCCGCUGGUGUAAACCACUUCGGCUGCGUAGACAAGCUCUGCGACCCCACGAAAACCUUCGAGAUUGGCUUGCAGGUGACAGAUUUGAUGAUUUGCGCGCCCUGGGCCGGAGUGACGUUUGGCUGCCUCGCCAACGGACUGGACCAUACUCCUUGCUGUCAGUCAAGGGGCCUGCCAGAAUCCUGUUUACCCUUGUGCAGUGGAAACAUAACGAAUUUGGACUUCAAUCAUUUCAAAUGCCUCCGCUACAUGUCGUCAUACACCAACUGUCUCCUGCAAGGCUACGGGGUCCUCCCAGGUCCCCCCUCAAGGCUGCACCUCACAAACAUCGACACAGACUACGCGGUGGUGCACUGGGCCCCGCCCGCAGCACUUGCUGAUACCGUCCAGUACUACAACUUGCACUUCAAGUCGUUGCAAGCUGAAGAUGAUUACCGUACUCUGGAUAAAUUACAAUCUCCAUACAUCCUGGAAGAUUUGGAAUCAAACACCGACUACGAGAUCUACGUAGAAGCAGUCAACGAACAUGGAGUUGGCGAUGCAUCCCCGAGGCUUAUAUUUAGGACUCAAAGUCAGAUUAUAGAAGAAGAGGAAGUUAUCGCAAACGCGUACAACAUAACAGCAUGCUGUGAGCGAGUCCAGCUGUCGAGCGUUUGCCUACCGCUAUGUUCAUAUGAUGCCAAGAUGUCUGAUUUGAGGACAUUGGCACCCCUCUGCGAACAAGAGUUCCAUAAGCUGGUACGAUGCGGAGCUGGAGGUCGUAACCACGAGACGUGUUGCGCCCGUCGCGGCGUCCCUGCGUCGUGUCGCGGCGCGUGCGGUGGCGCCUACAGCGGCCUCUUCUACACGUGCAUCGCCUAUGUCGGCAACAUCGUGCAGUGCUUUGAAGAAGGAACCGGUCAGCUGCCUGGUCCACCACGCGAGGUCCACGCGGUGGUCAACCAAGAUAAAUUGUUCCUGGACUGGACAGCUCCCACUGAUGGCGCCAACGUCACCUCCUACAACGUGCACUGGCAGAAGAUCGGAAAUAACACGCUGCCUUACUAUUACAACAAUCUUCAAUUGGACAAUCAAAUAACCGUAAAUCAAACAAUGGCGCGUAUCGAGGGUUUGGAAGUGAACAGUACAUACCACCUCUUCGUGGUGGCCGCCAACGAGCAGGGCACGUCUCUACCGUCAAGCAUGUUGCUACUCAACAUUACUGAUGAUAAAGAACAUAAAGAAGUGACAGGAAUACCUUCGCCACCCCAUUCGCUAUCGGUUUCAUCCCACUCGGCCACCUGGCUCGCCCUGAGCUGGCAGCCCCCCCAAUUCUCUCUCCCCGACGAUAAAAUCUCAUACACAUUAUAUUACAAGAUGCCAAGCUUAACCGGCCAGGGUAACGUUACCGCGAUCAGCACGUCAGUACCAGGGCACACGCUGGAGAAGUUGACACCGAACACGCAAUACGUGGCGUGGGUCAAGGCUCACAGCGAUGCUGGUGAUUCGUUGCCCUCGGAGACGCUCCUUGCUUGGACUGAUCCGGCUUAUCCCGCUUUUGUAGAGCCACCCACAAUCAACCCUGUAAACCUGGUGGUGGAAGGAUCCAGCAUGACGAUAUUGUGCAUUGCAAUGGGAACACCGACGCCUACAAUAUCAUUGUAUAUAACCGGUCGGCUGGUACGCCAGGAGGUCACCCGCCACAUGGUGACCGUAGUCCACAAUGUCACCCGCGACAUGGACCUUAUCUCCUGCUACGCUGACAACGGGUACGGAACACCGAUGCAGGCAUCUAGGAAGAUUAAUAUAUCGCACGUACCAACAAUUCAAGCGUCAGGCAUCACGAUGGCAGCAGCUGGAGACUCCGUGAUCCUUGAAUGUAGGGUGGAGGCCCUGCCCAAACCCACGGUUGCAUUCUGGAGAGAUCCCAACGGAAGGAUAUCUGUAAUAGAUGGACCCAACUACACUAUCCAACUGCUUGCUGAUCCAGAAGAGCCCACAAAAUACACAAUGCGGCUCAUAAUCAAGAAGAUCGCAGAAGCAGACGAGGGUGAUUACUUCUGCCACGCGGAGAACGCUUUCGGAAAAACUCUACGGCCGGUAUCCGUGCGCCUGCGCAACAACGCACCGCACCACAACGUCACGGCGUGCUGCAAUCAAAUGAACGUAUCUGCGUCAUGUAUCGACGCCUGCAGCUUCCACCUCGACAUGGACAACAUCAUGGAUCGACCGGAGUGCAUGAACGACUUCGACAAGCUCAUGAAGUGCGCCGCUGAUGGAUCAGAUCACCGGAGCUGUUGCGCGUCGUGGGGCGUUCCCCGGAAUUGUCUGGAACUUUGCCGCGGUGGCACCGUCGCCAAGAGUUGUGCCCUCCAACACGCGAGGAGAGCUUUGGCCUGCUUCAGAGACUCCGGUGCCAAGCUGCCUGGCCCGCCCAGGAGCUUGAAGGCACACGCGGCCCCUACUCCAAAUUCCGUACUGUUAAGUUGGGAGCCGCCUCUAAAGAACCCGCAAACGGUGUACCUGUACCGAGUGUUCUGGAGAGCUUACGGCGCCAAGGUGCCCGAGAAGUUGGACACGAGCGAGACCAGCGUGGUUCUAACUGGGCUGCAGGACGAUGUCCGAUACGAAUGUGUUGUGAAGGCAGCUAACGAUGUCGGUACGUCAUCUCUCAGCCAGCCCAUAAUGUUCACGACGGCUGGCCAAGAGACCGGUGCAGCGGCCGCGCCGGUUGAAGGCUCCGAAACAGCGUUCGCGGUGGGAGUUGCGACGUCGUGCAUCCUGGUCGCCGCUAUGCUUCUCGCUUCGUUAUUAUAUUAUAAGCAUAAAAAGAAUCUAAGACUAAAAGCCCAAGGAGGUGUUGCGUUUGAAAAUCCCAGCUACCUCAGGGAGCCUAACCCAGACACUGUAGUCAAUGGUACAAUUUUAAAUGGUAACGUAGUCGCGAAUGGAGAUAACGGGAUCGGUAAUGGCGUAUCGAUCAGCACAGCGUGGAGACAAGAAACUCAGAACCCUGGACCGACAAUCCCCACAGCUGCAGCGAGGGAAGUCGAUCCCUCUCUGUAUGAGGAGCUGAAGCUCGGUCACGAUGGCGCGGGCUUCAAAAGACUGAUGCCAUAGCCCGAGGUCCGCCGCUCACCGCUCCGCUCGCCGCGGCUGUCGUCGCCGCGGGUGGCGCCCAAGUACUGAGCGGCGAAUGCCCCGCGCGCGGCGUUUUAUAGCCCGCGUGACGUCACUGCAGUAGUGCUCUCUCGCUCGCUACAGCUCAAACGAACUGGUUUUUAACGACGCGCGUAGUAUAAUUAUAUCAGUUUGUGUGGGCUCUAACAUAGUGUUGCCGUGAACUCUCUAAGUACUAAGUAGUGACCGCCAAAUAUUAAUAUAGGAUUAUCAUUGCGGGUCAGUCCGGGAAAGAAGCAAUAUUACAUCAACGUACACAAUAUGAGACCAAGCCGCAAAAAGAGCGGAGUGUAGAUAAAUACAAAUAUAUUUUCAGUACCAUACUUAAUGUGAUUUAAACCAAAAAAAAACGUAACAUUUCAUGUAAAUAUCGAUUUCAUUAUCGAUCGUUGUAACUGUAGAACUGGUUUUAAUCUGUAUCGUCAUAAUCGUUAUUUCGUGCAUUUCCUAUACAUAAUCUAAAAAAUCUUUGCAAUUGCUUACAGAACUUUGCAGCUUCAUUCAUAAGAAUUCAAUUGCAGAGUUUUGAAUUCACAAAGUUUACAAUUAAUGAAGAAAAAAACUUGUUAGAAAUAGCGGAAAUGUUGAUUUUUAUCAUAUUUGUUACUGCGGUUGUUAGUGAAAUACUUAGUAUAAAAAUAGUGUCAGAGUUUUAAAUCAAUAAUAUUUAGGUCAUUCUAUAAAAAAAAUGUGCCUUCGAACAAUUUAUGAAGUAGCUUUAUUGUAGUGUUAGUUACCUUUUGGCCCGUUUUAUGUAACUAAUGUAAAUAAAACAACAUUCCAUAAGUACCUAGUUUGAAAAACAUUUUUUUGUAAAAAAAAUUGGUUGCCUGUAAAGUCGGUAUACGG